AUGAAGUUUUUGUUAGCACUGUUCCUUCUACUAGAAAUAGUUUGGUCUUUCCAAUUUCCAUUUACCUUACCAGAUGUAUUCAGUGCACGGCUGCAUCAACAUACCCACUACUCAAAGUUAGAUCCGAAGGAUCGCCCCAUUGAUUUGCUACAAUAUAAAGAUGAUGUGGUUAUCAGGGUUUCUUACGCCAACUCCCCCUCCUUAAAAGAAUUUCUCGCCAAAAAGGACGUCCAAUUCAAGAAAUGGGAAAAGAACAACAUUCAACAAACAAUUGAUAUCCAAAUCAAAGAGGAAGAGCUUGUGGAAUUGAUCGAAAAGUUUCCCUCUUUGGACUACCACACAAUUAUUGAGGAUUUACCCCAACGUAUCUAUGAGACUUUCCCAUUGCAUGGGCAGCAGAUUGUCACACAAGAUGAGGACUUUCACACACAAUCAGAGUUGUUCUUUAGGGAAUACCGUGAUUUAACUACAAUUGACUCCUGGUUGAACUUGUUGCAGUCUACUUACCCUGAUGUUGUUAAACUUGAGGAAAUUGGAGAAAGUUUUGAGCACAGAAAGCUCAAUGUUGUUCACUUUUCAGCACCAAAUGACGAUGUGGAGCACAAUGAUAAAAAAACUAUUGUAAUUACUGGUGGCGUUCACGCUCGUGAAUGGAUCUCAGUAUCUAGUACCUUGUACUUGAUAUAUCAAUUGAUUAAACUUUACAGCACAUGGCCCAAUUCAAAAAUUUUAACCCAAUUGGACUUUUUAUUUAUUCCGGUAACUAAUCCGGAUGGAUAUGAGUAUACUUGGACAACUGACAGAUUGUGGCGUAAAAACCGUCAAGAAACGCCUAUUCCAAAAUGUUUUGGUAUCGAUAUUGACCACUCUUAUGAUUACCAUUGGACUAAAUCAUCCGAUUGGGCUUGUGGUGAAGAAUACAGUGGGGAGUUUCCCUUUGAAGCAUUUGAGUCUCGCUUGUGGGAUGCAUAUUUGAACAAUACUAAUAAGGACCAUAGUAUUUAUGGAUAUAUCGAUUUACAUUCAUAUUCACAAGAGAUCUUGUACCCCUAUGCAUAUUCGUGCAAUCAGCAGCCAAGAGAUGAGGAGAAUUUGAUUGAAUUGGCUUGGGGUAUUGCCAAAUCAAUAAGAAUGAAACUGGGAACUAAUUACAAUGUGUUACCUGCAUGUAUUGACAAGGAUUCAGAUUUAUUGCCUGAUUUGGGGUCAGGUUCUGGAUUGGACUACAUGUACCAUAAUCGUGCAUUUUGGGCAUAUCAGUUUAAAUUGCGUGAUACUGGUGGUCAUGGUUUCUUGUUACCUGCUAAAUACAUUGAACCAGUUGGUGAUGAAAUUGUUUCCGCUAUUUUGUACUUUUGUAAAUUUAUACUUAGUGAUGAUCGAUAA